GCCAGGCCUUCCCUACGACACCAGCGGCGGCUGCAAGACACAGAGGCACAGGGAGAUCAGCGUCAAGAGAAAGAGUGGUUCAGUGGUUGCUUGGUUACUGAUUAGCUUGGUGGCCAUGGCAAUGGCGCAGCAAGCGAGCUUGUCCUGCUCGACUGCUACUUGGAGAGAGCUCACCAACACGAGCUGGAGGGACGACGACUACAGGCGCAUGGUGAUGGCGUACCUGAUCGAGGCGGUGUACCUGCUGGAGCUGGAGCGGCAGGAGCGCCGGGACGCGGCGGCGGUGGCGCAGCAGUGGUGGAAGCCGUUCCAGUACCGCCUGGCGCACGAGCUGGUGGACGAGCGCGACGGCUCCGUGUUCGGGGCCAUCUUCGAGCGGGACCACCACGUCGACGCCGCCGGCCGGCCGAGCCCCAGCGGCGCGCCGAGCGCCGUCGUCGCGUUCCGGGGCACGCUGCUGCGCGCGCCCACCAUCCGCCGCGACGUCGAGGACGAGCUCCGCCUCCUGGCCCGGAACAGCCUCCGCGGCUCCGCGCGCCUCUCCCGCGCCCUGCAGGCGCUCAGGGCCACCAUCGACAGGUUCGGCUCCGAGAACGUGUGCGUCUGCGGCCACUCCCUGGGCGCCGGCUUCGCGCGCCAGGUCGGCCGGAUGCUCAUGGCCUCGUCGCCGCGGCACCCGCGCCAGCAGCACCAGCAGCAGCAGGCCGCAGCCGCCGCCGCCGCGUCGCUCGAGUUCCACCUCUUCAACGCGCCCUACCUGUCGCUGCCCAAGGGCGUCCGGAGCGUGGUCAAGACGGCGGACUGCCUGCUCAAGGCGCUCCGGUCCGGCGCCGCCACUGUCGGCCGGUGGCACGGCAAGGCGCUCCGGAACGUGGCCUACGCCAACUGCAUCCUCGGGUACACCAGGCUCGAGAGCAGCAGAAAGUUGUGAGGAUCGGAUGCGUCGCCGAUGCUGACCUGACCCGUUGCACGAACCCAAACUGUACCUAUCCGAGCCCCGUUGUGUCUUGUGUCUUGUGUGUGUGUGUGUGAAUCAGCUGAUCACCUUGUAGAAAUUCAAUUUCUAGGAGCGGAAUAAGCAUCUGUCCGGAGAGGGAUGCAAGGCUCUGCAUGCGUGCUUUGCUCUCGACAGUCUGAAUUGUGAAUUAUCAUAGUAGCAGUUACAGUUCUUCAUGAAA